UCGCGCUAUCCGUUGAUGCUAUAUCAUCAUCGCUCUGUUUUUCAUGUAGUGACAAUGAGAUAGAUUCGGUGGUAGAUACUGUGUUGUGAUUUGCUGAUUAGUUUCAACAACUCGACGAUUAACUGUGAUCUGUGAUUAGUUAGUGAUCUAUCUCUAUUAGGAUGUUAGCUCAUGCCAAUAAAUUCAGAUAAGACCACUUACGAUCCACCACCCAGGCCAGCCAGAUUAUCCGGCGCACCAUGACCGAUACCGUUCGAUCCUAAUCCUAGUGACUUUACAAGUUAAAAGCUGACAACUUUGCGUAGUUUUUUUCGUGUGUGUUUUGUGCGGUAAUAAAACUGUACCCCAUGAUUAUGGAGAUGACGAACGAAUAUGCGGUAGGGAAGUGGUACGAAAGCCCUAGGACUGGUACUUCGGCCAGCCCUGCGCAGGGCAGUAUCGAAAGUUCGGGAAAUUCGGCGGACAUCAAUUCGAGUGUAGCGGAACAUAUGGGUGCCUUUUUCCUGGAUCCGUCUGGAUCUCAACGGGCCCGGUAUUACCAUCAGAGCAUGCAUGCACCGUAUGGGAGCGUCGCCAGUCAUGCCUCUAGAAUGUCGUCGAGUCAAGUGUGUAGGCCGCAUUUUCACCCGCCACUGCAUCCAUGGCUAUCGGACGCCUCUGCCAAACCUUUGGGGCAUUCGGGCCCUUGGGUGCCUUUUGGAGGCGGCGCUGGGGACCCGGAUAAGAGCCAAAGCCCCAACACAGCACCCGCUCAACCUCACAACAUAUUCUCGUUUCCUCCGACACCGCCUAAAGACUCAACGCCUGAUUCGGUGGCACCGAGCGCCGGUUCGGAGUACCAGAGCGCAGUGGCGGCGGCGAUGGGCGCUUUCAUGCACGAAAACCCCCAAAGUUGCGCCCUGGACGUGAAACCAUCGGGUGUGAGUGCCGCCAACGGAAGUAACAAACAACGCGAAGGUAGUGAAUACGACGGGACCUCAGGUGGCAUGUUUAAUAAUGGUAACUUUGAAAGCUCGUACGGGGCUUCGCCGUAUGGCCACGGUAUUCAUGCGGGGGGUUACUCACCCCAGGGCAAGGGGGGUUUGGGGAGCUCCGCGCAAGUUCAGUCGCCCAAUAAGCCCAGGAAUAAAUCGAGGACGAGCGCCGAGGGCCGAGAGUGUGUGAAUUGCGGCGCGACAAGCACGCCACUGUGGAGACGGGACGGCACUGGACACUACCUCUGUAACGCUUGUGGAUUAUAUUACAAAAUGAAUGGACAAAAUAGGCCUUUAAUCAAACCAAAGAGAAGACUGAGUUUACAAAGUGCAGCCAGGAGGGCAGGAACGAGUUGUGCGAACUGCAAAACGACGACAACGACGCUCUGGCGACGGAAUCAAAAUGGGGAACCAGUGUGCAAUGCCUGCGGACUUUACUACAAACUACACAAUGUAAACCGACCGCUCACCAUGAAAAAGGAGGGCAUCCAGACCAGAAAUCGAAAGUUAUCCUCGAAGAGUAAAAAGAAAAAGUCUGGAGCUUCCUGUUUGUCGUUAGGCGGAAUGAUGGGUGACAUGAUGAAGCCAUUGGACUCUAAAGGCGGAUUUGGGCAGUUUAACUCGAUGGGUGGCGGUCAUCCACAUUUGAAUGCCGCCCUUCAUCCCCAUCACGCCAUGAGCCAUUGGUAUCAAAACAGCACUCAUCCUCACGGCUUUGUAAGUGGCCCUCCGCCACCAGCGCCACCUCCAACCGCCUCCUACCACCAUCACAUGAGUUCCUUGAGUGCAGCGGGACUAGGACUCACGUCGAACGGCAUGGCUGGUUGGCGAUCCGAAUAUACGUGAUAAGGGAACCAAGCUGACCAUUCAAAGAGGUUGAAGUGAAAUUGUAAAUAUAGAAUAAGUCAGCACACGCACGUUCCCAACAAUUAACAAUUGUCCAAACGUUUGGUAUUUUGACCCUCGUCGACGCCUCAUCAUUGUCGCAGUGGCAAAAGUGAAAGCAAAUUGCGAAAACCCAAACGUUUUUGGACAAUAAUAAUUGAAACCACGGAUUCAAGGUGACAGAUUGAAAAAUCUUGACCUUCUUGCUCUCUCCCUGUACAUAAUAUAUUUAUUGAAAGAGUUUGUAAAUGGAUUACCUGUAUAUUUAGAUCGCUAGAGCAUUUUGACCAGGUUAAUGUAAUUAAGUACAAAUACAAUUUGUAAUAGAUGUAACUGUGUAAAUGUAAAUAGGAGACACGUUCGUUCGGGAGAUGUUUACAGUGUUUAAUGUGUAAAUAGACGAUUUUAUUUAAAAACAAUGUGCAAUGUUGAUUUGUCCGGAUGUUUGUUUGAUACAAGACUGUCGGGAAGAAGGAAAUAUGUCAUGCGGCAAUAACAAAAACUCGCAACAUUUAAAUUUGCUUUGCUAAUGAUUUUCCACUUUUUAAAUAAUGACUAUUAUUUUGAAUAGUUACUGGCAUAACCCCUGGAUGGUUUUCCAAUUGAUAUUUUAUUUAUAUCUUAGUUCGUUGUUCUAGUAUACCGGGUGACCAUGUCCACACGUGAAAAUUUCGGCUUAAAUAUCCCUAUAAAUAAAUAUGGAAAAUUAAAUUGCGAAACAUUCUUGGAAAUGUACAGAUAGUGUUAUGGUUGAAAGUUUUUUAGAUGUCUAUAUGAUGACGGUUUAAACGGCUCAUAAAUUUUACUGUUCAAACUCAAUAUAGUCGCCGCAAAUUACCGAAACGUGUCUUUAAACAAUUAAAAAAAUAAUUGUAUGUGGCAAAUAAAGCCAUCCAGUGGUUGAAUUCAUUGUCAAAUAGAACGGUCAAAUUGUCGCUGAUUCCUUGUUUAUUUAUUUACGCAAAUAAUUAAAUAAUCAACUACAGUAAAGUAUAUAAUUGAGAUUAGGAAAUAAUUUGAAAACUAAAUGAUGUACAUAUGAAAUUGAUGUAUGUAUAUGCUCUUUGUGUGAUAUAUUAAAGAUAUUUAAAUCUG